AUGGCAUCCUUGGCCAACAUAAAAACCAGUUCGUUUCUUGUCUUAAUCUGUUUCAUAAUCUUUUCUUUGCAUACAACAACAACAGAAGCAUGCCAUAGAACUGAUCGAAUAGCUCUUCUUGAUUUCAGGAGUAAGUUCACCCUGGAUCCUGCUGAACUGUUCAAAACAUGGAAUCAAUCCACUGAUUGUUGUAUCAAAUGGGAAGGUGUCGCUUGCGACUCCAGCGGUCGUGUCGUAAAUCUUUCACGCUCUGGCAUAUUUUCUCCAAUUCUGGACGACCCUGCGUUCAUGGUCGGAACUAUUUCUCCUUCAUUGGGUAAACUCAAGUUUCUCCGGUUGUUAGACCUCAAUAACCUCAAGCGGUUAACAGGAACGAUCCCUCCAGAGCUUGGGAAGUUAUCAAACCUUACCACUCUAAACCUUAAUGCCAAUCAAUUAAAGGGUUCGAUUCCCGCCUCAUUUCAAAAUCUUCGCAAACUCAAUAAGCUUUACCUCAAUGAUAACCUUCUAUCUGGUACGGUUCCCACCAAUAUUUUCCAGCACAUGUCUUCUCUUACGGAAAUUAAUUUAUCCGAGAAUCAGUUAUCUGGUGGAAUUCCAUCAUCAAUUGAUAAACUAGUUUCAUUGAAGAGUCUUGAACUGCACCACAACAAUUUCUCAGGUAGUAUACCAAGUACAAUCGGUAAUCUUAAGAACUUGGUUUAUUUAAUCUUAUCAAACAACCAGAUUUCUGGAUAUAUUCCAAGUUCAAUUUCCAAGCUCAAAUUUCUGAAUAGUAUUUAUUUAUCAAAUAACAAACUUACCGGAAGUAUACCGGCGUUGAUCGGUAAUACUGCGCUCCAGAUUUUGAUACUUGACAACAACAUGUUAUCCGGAGAUUUACCUAAAAGUUUUGGUAAUCUUGCAAAUCUUCUUGGUUUAGUGGCAACAAACAACCGUCUUACGGGUAAAAUCCCCUCAAAUUUCAACAAUUUAAAGAAUCUUCAAAAUUUCGUUAUCUCUAGAAAUGGUUUGUCUGGUCAAAUUCCUUCGGGGGUAAUAAACUUGCCGGACCUCGUAGAAUUCAUAGUGUCCCACAACAAGUUAACAGGAAAAAUUCCUCCUCAUAAGAAAGCAUUUCCUGCUUCGUUUUUCGAAGGCAACUCUGGCUUAUGUGACUCCCCACUUCCUCCUUGUAAAACUACAUAG